ACGGAAGGUGACGCGUUUAUGAGCUCCUUUCCAAUUACCAUUGCCGCGAUAUGGUGGUUCAUUGCUGUCCAGCUUCAACUUCUUCACGUGCGCUGGCCUCGGGAAAUACUGGAUUCCCAGGAAGCUAAAGAAGUGUUGGAUGAAUACGGAAACCUUCAAAACGCGGCAUUCACUCUAAACACCUGCGAACUGGAUUCUACUACUCGUCACAUGGAUUAUCUCGGGUGA